AUGCCCACCCUUUCGCUGGCGCCCUCGGACGCUGCCAGUAGCAGGAGAGCACGCCGCGGGGCUCAGGAUGACCCCUCGAGCGACGCUACCCUCUGGGAAGGUUUCGCCAGCGAUCUUGACGGCGUCCUUACUCCUCCCGCACCGCCGCCCACGAGCGCAUCACGGCUGGCGCCCGACCCUGCGCCCACUCUUGCCCCUGGCCUCGCUGCGGACAACGCUAACGCGCCAUGUGAUCCAGCUAAUGGCAGCCAGCAGGGUCAGAGCUCAUCUCAGGGCGAUGCACCGACGCAGGAGACCGACCAGCGCCGCAGGCUGCUGCGCGAGCUAGGCUGGGACUCGUCUCCGAGAGCCCAGGAUGGCCCACUCCCACAUCCACCACCCGCCGCGGAUGGCGCCGGCGCGGACAAUGGGCCCAGGUCGAGCUUCAGCAUCGAUGGGGCCGACGUCGGUGCGCCGUGGUCACAGACCGGACUGUUUCCGACGCCUUACAUGAGGGACCGCUGGCUCAUCGGCGUCGGCCUCAAGAAACCGCCAAGCAGCGGAUCGGCCAAGGUCUAUGGCGAUGCCGUGGUUGCGGACACAGAUGACGAUCUCCCUAGCCCAUCGCUCCAGGAGGUGCAACCGCCUAGCCCGGGAAAGCUCGGACUCGGCCAGAUGCAAGCGGCCUGCGUCGGGCCAAAGACGUUUGUCGUACCACCGCCAGCGGGAGCCACAACGCCUCGUCGAGCCGUCGCAGCAAACGACUCGAACGCGCCCGACGCCUUUGCCAAGGCUACGCCCGUGCCGCGCAGGGCCGGUGGGCUGCUCGAUCAGCUCGAUGCCCAGAUCUCUGGCUUCAAAAGCGGGGCCGACGGCGACAAGUCGGUGCAGCAGCGCCAGUCUAGCCCCCGAUUCCCGCCUUCGGUAUCGAACCGCAGCAAGCCCGGUCCAGGCGGCGCUCUUGCUUCGCCAGCGACAUCCGCCGCGACGCCCGCCAACCGACAUGCCAAAUCUAUCGCCUCAGGCGGCAGCUCGUCACGCAAGGAAUCCGGAGUCUCGGACAAGGAGAACAGGCGGCCGCAGCGGACAGCCACAUCCACGCCUGGAGUCGGGGUCAGGACCCCCACCACCAAGUCGCCAGUUCUUUGCAUCGACAGCGACGACGACGACGGUUGCGGCGGCAAUGGGCAUGGUCUGAAGCCACGCCGCCCACCCACGAGCGCGUCGCCGAAGCGAAAGGAGAGCAACGCGUUUGACGUGCUCCUCAAGUCUCCUGAGCGCGCCGCCCCGAGCCAUCCCAGGACUGCGAGCAGGCCCAGGGCACCCAGCUCGCCAGGCAAGCUGCGCCUUUCGAGCAGCAACGUCACGGCCGCUCCUCGUCAGGCAGGCUCCAACACCGUCGAUGCGACUCAGGCGCGGCUCGAUCUGUCCCUCUUUCGCGCUUCUGGCUCAGCCUCGGCAACUCGUCCAACCCAGGACCGUUCGCCGCCGGCCCGGACAGCACGAGACGCUCAGCGAUGCUCUGAGAACGAGGCCAGCGAUAGCACGCACGGCGCUGCGCAGCCGACUUCCGCGCCACGGGCUUCGAUGGAUGCACCCUCCAGCUCCGAAGACUCGAUCGGGCUGCGUGCUUUCGAGGAGCAGGACUGGAUGCUCGGCAUCGACGAGGAGGACGAGCUGCGGCGGAUCGAGGCGGCGAUUGCGGCCGAUGGCGGCCCAGACUCUGAUCCGAUCUUUAUCGACGACGAGCGAGACAACGGUGGGCCAGGGCCGGGGCUGCAGGCGGACGACAGUCGUCGCAAGGGCGAUGCAGGUGCGCCGGGGCCGUCCACGACCUCUGCACCGCGGCCGAGGCUGACGAUACCCCUGCGCCCGAGCGUCGCACAAACACCGGCAGUCGGGUCAGCAGCGCCAUCGGCGGCCGAAGCUGCGGCCGACAACGGCUGCACUGCCGUUGCUCCUGACGACGACGACGAUGUCCAAGUGGUGGAGGACCCCGACCCCGACCUCCUGCCGUGCCUCCUAUCGCCGGACACUGGCGAAGGGCGGCGAGGGCUGAGCAUCAAGCUGAUCAGCGAUCUCAGCCAGGACACGCAGGCCAUGUUUCAUCGACAGGCUACGGGCAAGCGCAAGGCGAGCGACGGCGACGACGACGACAGCUUCUCUACCACCACGCGGCGCGGCCGGGGCAAGGGAAAGACGUGGGAGAGUACGUGGGCCGACGACCAGCAAGAGGAUCAGGGCGGCGACGACGACGAUGAUGAUGACGACGACCAGGAAAGCGGGUCGAGUGGGGCGAGGACGAGUCGCCAGGCGGGAACCAGCACCUUGGGUCGAGGCCGAGGCAGGGGGAGCAGCAGGGGUCGAGCGAAGUCGACCACAUCGGGUCGGGGAGGAUCGCAGGGCCGGACGGGCGGCAGCGACAAGGCGGCCUACUUCAAGAAGAAGGCCUGGCAGGCCAAACGAGGCGCGAGGCGGCGGUAG